GGUGUAAGAAAGACGUAUUUUUAACAAGCAAGCAAGAGUUUCAGAGACAGACCAAAAAAGGUUGCCUACUUGUGAACUGUGCUCAAAAUGAGAGUUCUUGUAAAACUCCUCGGCUUCGGCUUUUGGUUGCUUUCCUUAAAUUUUGCUCAAUGUCAAGAAUGUCUUCGAGGGCACAUUAAAUAUCCAGACAUAGUACCAGCUGAGAAAGUUUCAUACGCUGAUGGUGAAACAGUGAAAGUGAACUGUGUGACAGGUUAUACUGGCUUGUAUAAAUUGAAAUGUGAAAAAGGAGAAUGGAAAAAUACCAUUGAGCGACCAUGUGCAAAGAAAAAAUGUAGUCAUCCAGGCGACACACCAAAUGGUGAUUUUAAACUUACAGAGGGGACAGAGUUUGUUUUCGGAGCAACAGUGGUGUAUAAAUGCAAGAAAGGGUAUGAAAUGGCAAGCAGAAUCAAUCAGCGUACCUGCAGAGCUCAAGGAUGGGACAACGCUGUCCCUGUCUGUGAGGUGGUGAAAUGUCCAGCCAUCCGAACAGAUGAGGAGGUGACUGUGUCGGGUAACGCAGAGGAGGGAAGUUAUGGUGAUAUUAUUCGCUUUGAGUGUGUAUCUUCUGACAAAAUGAUAGACGGAAGUAGUGAAAUUCACUGCGAUGAGACGGGAAAAUGGAGUGACGUUGCUCCAAAGUGCAAAGACAUAACAUGUACAGCACCUGUCAUACCAAAUGGAAAUGUUGUUGAUUCACCGCGAGAAUACAAGAAAGAUGCCCCGUUAAAAUACAAAUGCUAUGAAACAUUCAAGCCCAGGGAGGGAAUCCCCAAAUGUGCUAAAUUUGGCUGGACUGUGAAACCAGAAUGUGAUGAAAUAACCUGUGAGCUGAAGUCAACCACAACUGGAGUAAAAAAGAUCGACCCAGAUGGAAAGAUUAUUUUCAGAGCCCGAGAAAGUGUGGAGAUCACCUGCUCUGAAAAACACUGGAUCUUUUUUACUAAAGAAUCCAGAAAAACAUUUACAUGCAAAGAUGAUGGAAAGUGGGACAAUGAGCCUGUUUGUGCAGAGAUUACAUGCGACGAUCCACGUGACCACCUUCUGUUUAGACCAUUCUACUGGGGAACAAUGAAAUUAGGAGAAAAACAAUCUUACACUUGUGUGUAUGGUUAUCGUAGAACAGAAGCAGAGGCCACAUGUACACGAGACGGAUGGACACCGAAACCACUGUGUACUGAAAUUAUCUGUGACGUACCAAAAAUAAAAAAUGCAGAGAUUGUGGGACGUCAGAGACCAAACUAUAGAAUCAAUUCAAAAGAAGAAUAUAAAUGUCACUCUGGAUUUAAACCGGAGACGCCUGUACAAAUCACCUGUGAUUCCGAGGGCCAGUGGAAAGACAUACAGCAAUGCAUUGAAAUUAUGUGCAACCUACCAAAAAUCACAAAUGCAGAGAUUAUGAGAAGUCAAGAAUCAAACUACAAAAUCAAUUCAAAAGUAGAAUAUAAAUGUCGCUCUGGAUUUGAACCAGAAAAGCCAGUACAAAUCACCUGUGAUUCCGAGGGCAAGUGGAGAGGCAUACAGCAAUGCACUGCUAUGUGUGCAGCACCCAACAUCACAAAUGCAGAGAUUGUGGGAAGUCAGAGACCAAACUAUAGAAUCAGUUCAAAAGUACAAUAUAAAUGUCUUUCUGGAUUUGAACCAGAGGAACCUUUUCAAAUCACAUGUGAACCCGAGGGCCAGUGGAGAGGCAUACAGCAAUGCACUACAAUGUGUGCAGCACCCAACAUCACGAAUGCAGAGAUUGUAGGACGUCAGAGACCAUACUAUAGAAUCAGUUCAAAAGUACAAUAUAAAUGUCUUUCUGGAUUUGAACCAGAGGAACCUUUUCAAAUCACAUGUGAACCUGAGGGCCAGUGGAGAGGCAUACAGCAAUGCGCUAAAAUGCCAAAACUGUGCUAUACAUUAUUGUUGGAAAAUGGGUUCAUACACAAAAACUCCUCCAACAAGGAAGAAAUCUUUUACUCCUGCGACACGGGUUAUAAACCAUUCUCUGGGAACUGGUGGGAUUCAGUGACAUGCAGAAAAGGAUCUCAGUUUGAUGAGCCUCGCUGCAUCCGGGAGGAAGAAUGUGGUGCUCUUCCCAGUGUUCACCAUGGAAAACUAACCCUUCUUGAUCGAGAAACCGCUGAUGUGAAAUGUGAUCCAGGGUUCAUGUCAACUGAACGCUCCAUAAACUGCAUCGAUGGUAGAUGGGAGAAACCAGUGUGUAAGAAGGCUAUGCGUUGUGGCAUUCCUCCAAAUGUGUCAAAUGCAGUCAUAACAUCUAAACCUGAAGAAUUUUAUUUACCUAAAUCUACCGUAACAUAUGUAUGUCGAAGAUUAUACUUAAUCCGUGGAGAAAGUACGGUUUCCUGUCGUAAUGGAAAAUGGGAAAAAACACCAACAUGUCAAGAAAUAACCUGUGAGCUGAAGUCAAACACAUUCGGAGUAAAAAAAAUCAAUCCUGAGGGGAAAACUAUUUUCAGAGCUAGAGAAAGUGUGGAGAUCACCUGCUCUGAAAAAUACUGGUUCUUUGGAACAAAAGAAACCGAAAAAACAUUUACAUGCAAAGAUGAUGGAAAGUGGGACAAUGAGCCUGUUUGUGCAGAGAUUACAUGCGACGAUCCACGUGACCACCUUCUGUUUAGACCAUUCUACUGGGGAACAAUGAAAUUAGGAGAAAAACAAUCUUACAGUUGUGAUUAUGGUUAUCGUCAAACAGCAGCAGAAGCCACAUGUACACGAGACGGAUGGAGACCAAAACCACUGUGUACUGAAAUAGUGUGUGCAGCACCUAACAUUCCAAAUGCAGAGAUUGAGGGACUUCAGAGAUCAAACUAUAAAAUCGAUUCAAGAAUACAAUAUAAAUGUCAUCCAGGAUUUGAACCAGAGGAGUCUGUACAAAUCACCUGUGAAUCCCAGGGCCAGUGGAGAGGCAUAAAGCAAUGCACAAGUCAGACCACCAGUUGUGUACCACCACCAGACGUGAACGAUGGAGAUACAAUAGAAUUAAAAAAAGAUGAAUACAAUACAGGAGAGAGAGUUGAAUACAGCUGCUUUAGUAAAUACACAUUGGAUCUACGUCCACCUUUCUCCAGAUACUUGACCUGUGAACAAGGAGAAUGGAGAGGGAAUAUUAAGUGUUUAAAGCCCUGUACAGUGACUCUGGAGGAAAUGGAAAGAAGAGGUAUAGAGCUGGCCUAUAUUAAUCCACAAAAGAUGUUCGCACCCCAUAAUGAUCACAUCAGCUUUGCGUGUCAGUGGCGCAAAUAUUCAGUAGGUGUUCCCCUGAGACAACAGUGUAAUGAUGGAAUGAUGACUUUACCUGAGUGUGAGUGAUGGUGGGAAUAAAGUAUAAGUGUAGCAUCAGCUGUACUACUAAGAAAAAACAAGUGGAGCUGAUCAAAAUAAAAAAUUAUCUUUACCAAAUAA